AUGGGCGCGGCGGCGUGGUGGCGGCGCGCGCUGGGGCAGCGGUUCAACCCAGCCGGCGUGGCCGCGGUGGCGGCCGUCGCGGCGUCCAAGCCGCCCCUAGCGCUGCCGCACGUGUCGGUGCAAGACAUCAGGUGGCUCGACUGGGCUGAGCUCCGCCGCGCCGGGUUCCGCGGCGUCGUUUUCGACAAGGACAACACGCUCACGGCCCCCUACGCGCCCGCGCUCUGGCCGCCGCUCGCUGCAGCGUUCGACCAGUGCCGCGCGACGUUCCCGCCCGGUGCGCUUGCCAUCUACAGCAACUCCGCAGGGUUGACGGAGUAUGAUCCGGACGGGGUGGAUGCGAGGGCGAUCGAAGCGGCCAUCGAGGGGGUUCAUGUGAUCAGGCAUGAUGUAAAGAAACCAGGUGGACCAGCUAAUGAAAUAGAGAGUUACUUUGGUUGUUCAGCCACAAAUCUUGUGUUGGUUGGUGACCGUUACUUCACUGAUGUGGUCUAUGGAAACAGGAAUGGCUUUCUUACAGUACUGACAGAGCCUUUAAACAUCUCUGAUGAAUCGUACAUUGUCAAAAGGGUUAGGAAACUGGAGGCGUACAUCAUCAGUUAUUGGUACAAGAAAGGGCACAAACCAAUAGAGCAUCCUUUGCUCCCAGAUGCAAGAAGAAUAGUGAAGUUUGACCCAUAUGACGACUCAGUUACAACCAGAAUAUAG